AUUAAGCGCCAGCCUUGCCCUCCCCUCAGACCCUUCGGCACAUGCAGCGGCAGAGCACACAGCUCCUGAGCUUUGACCGAAGCCUGAAGGCCUCCAGCAAUCGAGGCCUCACCCUGAACCCCAGCCCCACUAAUUCCAAGAUGGAUGGGCUGAGGAGAUGGCGCGAGGCCGACCAAGGGCUUGCCACAGACUUCGUGAGGCGGCGCCAGGCAGCCUUAAGCAGGGAGGGGGCUAUGAGCAGCCGCCCAAACUGGGCUGGCCAGCAGCAGCAGGAGGAGGAGGAGGCGGAGGAGAUAGAGGUGGAGGUCGAGGCUCUGGCCUUGGCCACGGCCUCAGGCAGCCCCAGUGAGGCAGAGGAGCAGAGUGAGCUCGGGGCUCAGGCAGCAGCAGCACAAGAAGCAGCAGCAGCCGAGGUAGCAGCAGCCGAGGCAGCAGCAGUAGCAGCAGCAGAGGCCGAGGCUGAGGCUGAGGCAGCGGCCUUGGCCGACAGCGGCACCCUGGAGGACGACCAGAUGGAGCUGGAGGAUGAAGGCGACGCCAUGGAGGAGGAGGAGGCCGGCGACGCCGCCUCCUCAGCCUUUUCCUCAGAUCGUGGGCCCCAGACCAUAGUCGACGACCAGGGUUUCCAGGAGGGGGAGGAGGAGAUCGGCCUUGAGGAGGAGGGCGAGCGAGUGGCGGCGGCUGCGGCCUCGGCUGCAGCCCCCUUCCAGCAGCAGCUGCCCUUGGAGGGGGCAUUUGGAGGGGGCGGGAGCGCCUGCAGAAACGGGGGAGGAGAUGGCGGCUCCGGCCCCGGCUCCUUGCUGUUCGGUGCUGGGGUCGGGGCCCCUCCUCCCGGGGGGGCAAUAGCCUGGCUGGCCCAUGGGCGGGCGGGGUCCCCCUACACCGGGCCCCGAGGGAGCCACUGGAAGCGAGGUGUCAAGAGGCCUCGUGAGGAGCAGAGCCGGGGCUUCGCCAACGGCUUGGAAGGCAACCAGUUCGAGCCAGCGCAGGCUGCCGCGCUGCCUCAGCAGGCGCCCCAGCUCCCCGCGCUGCCCCUGCCAGCCCCGGCCCCUGAGGAGCCCUCCGCUUUCGGUCUGGGGAGGAGAAUGCGCCUGGUGCUGCUGGGCAACCGGGGCCCCAACUAGGAGCAACAGAGGAAGACAAAACGGACCAUGAUUCCAGAUAAUAUGUGAAGAAAGAUGACAGCAGAAAGGUUUCAAGAGAAGAUCUUCUUCCAAGGCCCUGCCAUACUAUGUUGUUGCUUCCUUUAAAAGAAUAUUCAGAAAAUAAAUAAAAUUGAAAGUCAAAA